AGAAUCUCAUAAGAUGGCUGCUGAUGUAGGUGGUAAAAUAGGGCUACGAAGCAAUUUCCAUAUACUGUGGUGAAACUAAGGCAUUACCAUAUUGACUGUAUUUCAGAUGCUUUUAAAAUGUAUUUGUAAAACAUAAUACGUGCUGCUACAGUGUCCUAAGAACGGAUAAUUUGUUUUUAGGGGCAUUUUACAUGUCAAUCGAUAUAGGAACUAUAUACUGCAGACACCAUCGUUUGCGCAGCGAACACUACCUACCGUCAACAUACGAAACUACAGGUCCCUGGAUCUAUUUCGUGAAAACCCCUUCCCAGUCCUCGUCAAAAUAGAGAAUGAAGAAGAAAAGAACGUUUUCUGCUUAUGAGUUUCUCCAGAUAUUCGUCAAAUUUGUUAAUUGUUCAACACCAAACUUGGUAGUUCACAAGUCUUCUAAGGGGCCCAUGCACAAUUGAGCCAAUCACCCCUGGGCCAGACAACAUCUUUCUGGAGGCUGCAUGUUGUGCAGGCCUGCUGCAUAUGGUUGAUAACAGAGGCCUGACAAAAAUAUGGCAGCAAACCAGAAGGAAAUAAAAAUGGGGGGAGAUGAAGGUCAGCAGGAUAAUCAACAGGACAGUUAUGAACAGAAGUUUCAGGAGAUGCAAAAAUACAUUCCAUUUUUGGAGAUGAUGAUUCAAAGAUUAGAACGCUCCAGUGACAAGUCACGGGAGGCACAGCUUCUCAAGAUGAAAAGCUUACAUUCUAUUCUUUUAAACACAAAAAGGAAGUUGAAGAUAGAAACACUGAAACGAUGUGAAGAAGUUUUACAGAAAUUGCACGAUAAAGUUGAGAAAGGUUCAUAUGCACAAGCUAAGCAUACAAACAUUAAACAUGCAGAAGAAAGAAUUAUCAACAGGAAUUCUCAGGAGAGUACAAAACCAAGCAGCUCUGAUAAUGCUGAUUUUGAAGAUGGAAGUGAUCAACACCUUGUUACAUCAUCAACAGAUGCUAGUUCUGUAACAGAUAUAAUGAAAUCACUGAAAUUGGCAGCUGCUCGUGCAAGUGGGAAAGCCGUGUCAUCCACUACCUCUUGUCCUGUAUAUAGCAGUGACCUUGAGGAUAGUAGAGAUGCACAUUCAACCACAAGUAAUUGUACGGAUAAUAUGUCUUCUUCAGAGAAAAAGAGCAAGACAUUGGAUGUUCUUGAACAGAGUCGAGAAAGACUAAAGAAAUUAAUGGAACAACAAACACCAUCAUCAUCUACAGAAGCUACUAAGAAGUCAGAUGGUUGUUUGGGAUCCCCAUCGAUGGAAUGGCAGUAUCAGGCAGAUCCACCGUGGGAGAAUCAGGCAUAUGAGGGGACUCCAAAAUAUUCAUACCCAAGUGAACCUGAAGAGAGUAGCAGCAAUACAAAGCCUGUAAAGGACAUCUCAUCAAGUGAAGGACCACAGGAUGAUGAUGAGUUAUGUACUGGAUGGAGCGAUUAUAAAUCACCCACCAAAUAUGUAUGGUCUCCUGAUAGUAACCGACACUUGAACACAAUUCCAAAUAAACCACCACUGAGUCCAACAGGUUUUCAUAGUGUACCUCCCAGUCUCCAUUCACCAAGAAGUCCACUUAUGCAACAAUCAUUUGCUACAAACAGUAGUAGCCCAAUGUGCAAGUCUCCUAUUAAAAGAUCUGUUCAGAAAAGUCCAACUUUAUGCAAUGUUCUUAAACAUCCGCCAGCUUUAGGAACUAAGCCUUUAUCUGAUGCUGACAUUGAGGAGCUUCUGGAAGACACGAGCAGGAGUGAAUUGGAACUAGAAAAGAAGGAGGAGUCUGCACAUAUGAGCCUAAGGGCCAAAUUGGAGCAGGAGAUACAGCAAGUUCAUAGAGUUGGUGUUAGCAAAGGAGGUGCUUUGAGAAGUUUGGUUCAAAAAGAUGAUAAACUCAAAUCACCAGUUAGAAAUAUACUGGAUAUGAUGAAACCAAACUCUGAGCUAAAAAAAGACAAAUCUCUCACAAAUCGUCUACAGCUUUCUAGCAAAUUAGAUUCUGCAGUAGGAAGUUUCAUAAAAUCAAAUGAAAAAGAGAAGGGAAAUGACAUGGGUCAGAACAGACAAAGUGCUGGAAGUAAUAUUGCAGAAAAGGAUGACAAAAGUUUUGGGAUUGUUAAAGAUACAUCAUCAAAGCCCACUAUUAAAGAUAAGAAACCAACAGAUCCUAGAAGACGUGCAAGCGUCAGUCCCCGACGAGAGGACAGUUUCCAGAAUACUCUGUGGGAAGAUUUACAUUCUCCUGCAGAAGGAGAAAAUAGUGAUUCGUGUAUAAGCCUUAGCGCUGAUCUCAAAUCAAAUUAUGAUGAUCCUAGAUCCAUUAAUAGAGACUUGUCUGUUCUUGAUAAGUUUCAAGGAACUACAAAGAAGGAAAGUGGUGGUAUAUUGUCAAGUUUGAGUAAAGAGGAAUUACAAAAGAUUGUGGAAGACAAUCUUCGUAACCUCCCUUCUCCUCCUCCAAACACAAAAGAAAUACUUGAAAAUGUUGGUGUGAAUAGUUCUGCUGUCAUUAAACCUGCAAGGCAGCAACCUACAGAUUUGCAGUCUCCAGUUUCCUCACCAAAGGAUUGUAAUCAGUCUGGUUUAAUGUCUCCUCUUCAUAGUUCACAGUAUGGUUCACAGGCAGAGUCACACCUUGCAAUAGGAAGAAAUUCUAUGUCUUCUAGCUCUUCUGGUGUUCCAAGACCUGAAGACCGUAGACCACUUUUACCAACUCCCAAUCUACCGCAUGAUCCAAGGAUUCUUUCUCGUAACUUAAACCAAGGUCGUAGAUGUUCCAGAGACAACCAAGGCCCUCUUUCCAAUAUUCAUGAUCCAAGACUGAACACUUCUAGUUAUCCACAUCUUGAUAAUUACAGGAGUGGUAUUUUGCCACAAUCUCCACUUGAUCAGUACAUGAGACCAGUUUCUAAUGCUUACCAUCAGGGCUCACGUACACUGUUUCACACAAGUCAGACACCACAUUUACAGUCACAUGCAAGAUGGACAGGGUCUCAAUGUUAUGGAGUUUUAUCACACAGUUCCCCAAGGCCACCUGAUGAAAGUUUUGUGCAUCAUGGAGACAGUUUUCUCCAGCGUGGGCCUAAUAAUAUGAGAUUCCAGUGUCCACCUCUUUCCUCCCAACAUGAAUUCAGUCCAUUUCAAGGGCAGAUUCGUCCAUUACGUGACACGUUUUCUGUCAGUCAGCAGCAGCAGCAGCAACAUCCACCUUGGCAAUCACCACCUUCCUCACAAGGUUGUUACAGAGGUGGGUCUUCAGCAAAUUAUCCUUCAUUUGUGAGAUCUGUUGGACAGCCAGUUCAGCAUCAUGGGAACAGUUCACAUAAUGUUGGUAAAAUUCCAGUUGGUGUCCCUAGGAUGUCUAAUUCUCAUUUCACUGGACACAGGUCACCAGUGCCACCUCAGAGUAUGUCAGCUGCUAGUGUUCAUGGUUCUGGAGGACCUGGAACACUUGGUCGUGCUCAGAGUGUGGACGGCAGAAUCGGAAAUACACUUUCUGAAAGAGAUCCUAGAAGAAGAAGCAUAGAAGAACCUGAAAAGAGGGAUUGUAAUUUAAAGAGUAAUAGAGACAUGAAGAUUUCUUCCAGUUCAAGAAGUCCAAAUUAUGGAUCAGGUCCUGAACGAAUAACCGACAGGCACAGUUCAAAUGAAAGGAGAAGAGAUUCUGAAUCUAAAAGGUUUGAAUCCAGUAGUAGCAAUAGAAGAAGAAACUCACCUGAGCCUAAUAAACCAAAGGAAACAGAACUGGUUUCUCCAUUAAAUAGUCUGUAUGAUGUUACAACUGUUCCAAAGACAGGGAAAGGUUAUGGUUUCCAAAAGUUCAGAAUACCAAAAAUAAAACGCCCCCCUUCACCUCCAAAAUCGAAAUCACCCCCACCUCCAAAGGCAAAAUCGCCUCCACCAAAACUGGAAUCAUCUUCAUGCACUGUAAGUGACACCAAAGAAAAAGUUGAAGUGGUUAAGCCCACUGAUGAGACACCAGUGACUCAAAAUGAAAAUCAACAGGCAAACAUGAAAGAUGAUGAUGUGUGUAGUAUUGAUAGAACUGAUGAUGACAGAGUUGUAAUGUCUGUAAUUUCCAAGAACAAUGAAAGUACUUCAUCAGAAAAGACUUCUGAUACAGAAACUCCAAAAACAAGUUCAGGGUCUAGAUCAAAGGAUGGAGUCACGCAAGAAUGGAUUGAGGCAUUAAUAAGAAAGUCUAUUGAAACUGGUGAGGGUAAGAAAUUUGUUGAACAAGCUAAGGUGUUGGAGAAACUAGGAGAAAGUUUAAAGGGGAAGAAAUUGAGAAAGAUAAAACAAAUACUGGAAUCAGACUCAGAUUCAGGGUCCAAUGACAACACUUCAGAAUUUUCUAAGAAGAAUGAGAAUACAUGCUUAAAUGAGGAAGACCAGAAGAUGGAAGAGAAAGGAAAGCUGUUGAAUAAAGAAGAAAUAUCAGUAGAACUGAAGAAGUCUAAAUAUCGAAGGUUAAUUUUAUCUGAUGAUGAUCAGAGUUCAGACAAUGAAACACUUGAUUCCAAAUUGAAGAAGAUUUUAGAGGUUGACAGACAGUUGAGUACUUCAGAGGAUAACCACAAGGUGGAGGAGGUUGAAAGCAGUAAAGUAGAUGAACAGAAAAAGCAAACUGCCUCAAGUGAUGAAGCAAAGCCUGCAAGGAAGUAUUCAAAGAGACGUUCUGCUCUUGAGCUUUUGCAAGAAGACAUCCGAGAUAUGUUUAUUUGUGAGGGAGUUGUAACAGCAACAGGUCAUCGAAUGUGCCGCUUGCUUAAGGAAACUCCUCCUGGAAUGACAGUUGAUGAAAUAUCCAAAUCCACUAUCAAAAGAACAGAAGAUGAAGUGUCUACCACAGCAGAAGAAUCAGAUGGGUCAUCUGUUAUUGGUAAGAGACGACCAAGGAAAUUGCCAAGAGAAAAGGGUUUAGAGAAGAAAGGUAAGGAAGAAAAAGUGGACAAAAAACAAAGAGCUAAAAUGACCAUGAAGGAUGAAGAGGAAGAAUGUAGUUUUGAGAAAGGAUGUGGUGAUAUUUCAAAUGAAAUGGAUGAAAAAAUGACAAACAGCAGGGUAAAGAAGAAAGAUGAUGGCCUUAUUUAUGAAACUGGAGAUAGUUCUGGUUUUCCUUGCACAAAAUCUAAUAAGAAAUGUGGAAAGUCCAAGUGGAAAGGUUAUGUUAUAGAAGAAAGUGAAGACUCGGGUGAAGAAACUGCUGUUGAUAAAGUAAGGAAUAGCAAGAAAAGCACAGGAGAGAGAGAGGAAUCAGAGUCCUGUGAUAAAUCAGUAGAGCAAUCAUGUUCACAUCCCGGCAUAAGAACAAGGUCAAAAUUAAGUCAUGCUGAUGAAAGUGAAACCUCAAAUUCAGAACGUGGAAGGCGAACACGUUCUCCAAGAGUAAUACUUGAAAAGACUGAUAUCACAAAACUGAAUCUUAUGUCUUCAUCACCACGAACAAAGUAUUUUGAGGAUAGUUCAUCUGAUGAAUCAGUAAUGGAAGACAGUACUUCAUCUCCUGUGAGCAGUGGUAAGUCCAAAUUUAAAGCAGCACAAAAACCAAGAUGUAAUGUUAAAUAUACGUGUUUUAAAAGGAAGCGUGGUAGGCCUAAAAAAGGAGAAAAGAAGCAAGCAAAGAUAGAAAGAAUUGAUGAAGUCUCUACUGAUGUUGAGAGUAUAGUAUCAGAUCAGUCAUCUGUAGCAAGUACUUUGUCUCAUCGAACAAACUGGUGUAAUAUGUUUACUCCUAUUGGCUUCACAUUUCGAAGGAAAUGUAAUAGAAAAAGGUCGAAACUUCUGGGAAAGAAAAUUGAUGACAUCAUUAACAGGCUAACUAAAGUUGCUGAUGGUUUCAAAACAGGUGAUGCUACAGUGAACACCCCAAGCACGGAAGAGAAGCUGUGUGAGCUGGGUACAGUAGACUCUUCUGUGGGAAAAGCAGUUGCAGAAAUUGCAAAUGUUGUAGUUAAUUUAAAAGAGAGUAUUAUUCAAAGUGAAGAUCGUUCAAAGCCUGCUACCAGCAGUUUUAAUGUACCUGUUGUUGAGCCUAAAAUUGCAACUGAAAUUACUAUAGUUCCCAGCGUUACUAAGAGAAGGAACUCACGAAUUAUGUUGAACCUGGUAAGAAAAUCUGGUAUACAGAGAAAAGUUAAGAAAAAGAAAGCAAAGUGGCAAUUAGGUAUUAUUAAUAAUCAUGCUAAGAAGAAAGGUGGCCCUAGGUUUGUAUCAGAGGUUGGAAUGAAAUAUGUCGCUUGCAAUGUUACAUGUGAGAAAGAAGUGGAUGGCCCUAGUGAAGUAGUUCAUAGUAGUAAACUUCUUAUUGAUGAAUGUAGUGGUACUGAAAAUGGUGAAAGUGAAGUGUCCAUAAAUGAAGGUAAGGAAGAAAGAGAUAUGCUGUUAAGCAGCAGACAAAACAUAACAGUAAACAGUGAUGAUAAAUUAUGUCAUAACAUUGAAAUGAAACAGAUCAGUGAGACAGAGGAUAACAAGAUGCAUCAUAAGAAGGAUAUUUUAGAAACGAGCAACAUUUGUACAAACAAGUUAGAUGAGAUGGUGACUUGUUCAGAUUCAGAAAAAUAUUUGGCCAAAAGGGAUAAAUUGUCUACAAUUCCUGAUCGAAGCUAUGCUUUGGAUGGGAGUGCUAGGUAUGCCUGUAAACUGUGUCCAGCACAGUGUAAAGGUAUUGUGACUCAUUAUAGAAACAGUCAUCCAGAUUCUGAAGUUCUCAUUUCACGUCUUCCUGAAGAAAAGGCUACUCGAGCAAUUUCUGAAGCACUAGAAAGUAAGUACAUAGAAGAAGAAGAAGAAGAAGAGGAUGGUAAUGUUAAAACUGGAAAGAAGAAGAAGAAGAAACAAGCAGGUGAAUUUGUUUGUCGAAUAUGUGAUCAUGUUGCCACAUUUCCACUCAAUUUCUAUGACCAUCUUAGCUCACACACUGGGGAAUAUCGAUUUCAGUGUGGUAAAUGUUCUUUUGAAGCAUGUACAAAACACUCUGUUAAAGGACAUUCUUAUUAUCAUCACCCAGAACUGAAAGGUGUCAAGAAAAUUAGUGCUACUGUUCUUACUCCAGGACCACCUAACAAUGCUAAAUUUGUGUUUGGCUAUCUUUGUUCAUCAUGUAAUUAUGUUCAGUUAUUAAAGCAGAACAUUGAAAAACACAUUUCUUUGAGGCAUCCUUCAGAAGACAAUGCCAGGUUAAUAUGCAUUAACAUGUCCAAGAUGAAGAGUCAAAAUGAUACUGCAGAAGGUACAGAAUCAAAAGAUGUGUGUACAGAUGUAGAUACAAAUGAAUCCAAUGGUUCUGUCACUUACAAAUUACCUUUGGUUGCUAAAAAGGAUGAUGGUGAUGUGUGUAAUGUUGCAUUACCAGUAACAAACAAUGAAAUGAUUCCAGAAGAAGACAUUAAAAGGCCAGGCUCCAUCGUGACAGGGCAGAAGCCAGAAGCAGAACAUAUUGAUAUGACUUCUAAGCCCUGUGAGGCAUUAGAUGAAGGCAGCAUGAAGAAAGAACAGGAAUCAGAAAUUGAACCAUUACAAGGUGUUUGUCAAACACAUACUGAGAACACUGUUGUUUCUUCUUGCAUACAGAUACCCGAAAGACCUGAAGUAAUUGCAGUAGAUGAAGAUCCAGGUACAAUUUCUCAAGAACUAUCUGCAGUGAAUUCUGUUGGUAUGACUGCAGGGGCUGGUGGAGUUAAAUCAUCGGAUGAGGUAACAAAGGAAGACUUAAUGGAUACAGAAAAUAUACAUUUGAAACAGAAUGUUGAUGAUACUGGAAAGAAUGAUACUGAAAAUACAGUCACUGCAUCGUCAUUAUCAGUAGUUGAAGAAGCAGUAAAGGAAGUUGACCUUAAGGCAUUUGUAUGCUGUGAUGAUUUGGAAGAAGAGAAUUCUGUUAUUCAAAAGGAAAGGUUAAAGAAAAUGCAGGAAAUAGCUAAAAAUCUGAAGGACAGUCAUCCAAAAUUUCUUCAGUCAAACCGUAGUUCAAUAUUAGAUCAGUUAUCUGAUAAACUAAAAACAUGUUUAAAAAGCAAAUCAAUUGAAGCCACAAUGGAAGAAAUAAAUGAUAAGGCUGUGGAUUCUGUGACACACAAUAAAGUUUUAGAAAGUAAGGAAAGUAAAUCUGAAGGAGAGAAAUCAGCAGAUGUGUCAACGUUGAUAGACGAGAAACGAGCUAUUGAAGCUGCACAGGCUGUUCAAAACUUGUUGAGAGCCGAAAAAGAGACGAUUGAUGAUAAGCAAUCUAAUGUCAUUGGUCAGAAAGUUACUGAAUCACAAAGUGGAAGUAAAAGUGGAAGGAAUAAUAAGCCAUGCACUGGUGAUUCAACAGAGCGGAGGAUAACUCGGUCUUUUAGUAGGAAUGAAGAUGAUGUUGAAACUGUUGAUGAAUCUUCUUCUGACAUCAGCUUCGGAUUUGAGGGUGAAGAUAAUGAGGAUGUAGUGGAAUCAGAAUCUCAGAUCCCUGAUAAUCUUUUGAAUGAUACCCUUUCUGCUUUGAAGGAUGUUUGUCCAAGGAAAUCAACAAGUAGAAUGUUUGACAUUAUUGAGCGUCUUGCGUCGAAAGUUGUUCCAAAUACAGAGCCUGGAGACCUGAGCGAACAUGUGGCUGAGAUAGAUAAUCAAGAACUUAGCAGUAGCGUGAUUGCCGGUGAGCAUGUUCGUUCAAAUAAGGUCGGUAAAAUGAAGACAAAUGAGGCGGAUUGUUUGAAAAUUAUUGCCAACAAGAAAUUAAGUGCAAUUGGGAAACCUCCUCCAUUAAUUUCACUUGGGGCUAAGGGAAGGAAUAUGCUUCAAGUUACUAGUGGCAUAGGGAGUGAAGGAUCAGACUCAUCAGUACGUGUUGGUCCUUUGGAAGUGAAACGCUUCAGUGAAGGGUUACUGUAUUCCUGUUGCAUUCGUGGAUGCAUCUUUGCGUCAACAAAUCGCACACAUUUUGCAAACCACAUUGAGAAUACUCAUAGAGUUUGCCGUUGGGAUGGGUCAUGCAAGGCGUGUAAUAUUGAUCCCAGAGAUCAGUAUUUCAAAUUGUCAUAUGCUUUGCACCAUCUUAUCAGAUUCCAUCUCGUUGCUGACCUCACAGCUUCUAGUGCAGUAAGUGGUAAUGGACAUUAUAUUUCUAUAUUGUCAACAGAAAAGACUUAUGCUAGAGAAAGGGAAGUGUCAGAAGAAGAGACAUGUAAGGGAAAUAGAGAAAUGUCAAUAGAAAGGAUUCCUCUUGAACAAGGGGCAGUGUUAACAAAGAAUACUUUUGUUGGAGGAGCAGAAAAGUCUAUUAGCAGUGAAGGAGUUACUGAGUGCUCUGCACCUAGGAAGUUUAUCCGUUUGCGGAGGUUAAGUGGAGACCUUCUUUCCAUCCCAAAACCAGCAGAAGAUCCUGUCAUAACAGAUGUCCAGCAACAAGGCAUCAAUCAAGAUGAUACAGAAGUUAACCAAUUAUUUAAUGAAGUCCUUGGGGAGGAAAUGACUAAUAAUGAAGAAGACUGUGGUCCAUUUCUCAGGAUAGAGAGUGUCGUCAGUCUGAAUCCAGAUGCUAUGGGUUCAGAGGAUGUGAAUGACAUUCUAAGGGCGGUUGAAGAUCCUCAGAAUUCUUCUAAAUCAUCAGAGAACUCUGACUCUGGGAACAGCAGUAAUGUAUCGUCUUCUUCAAACAACAUGUAUUCCAUUCCUGGUACUUCCUGUGCUAUUUCUGUAACAGCUGCCAUGACUACAUCUGUUAUUGAGAGUUCUGUGCCAUUCAUUACUACUUCAGUAUCCUCCACAAGUGUUGAACAGACUUCUUCACCAGAUGUACAGUUGUUAACAUCAUCUCCACUGCCUCUUUCAGUAUUGAGAGGAAAAGGUCCACGCCCUCAAGGCACAAUGCACAUGAUUCCUAUAAAUCCCUUGUCAAAGUCUUCAACCAUUACAAUACUUCCGUCAUUACAACAACUCUCUCCCAUGAAGUUUAAUAAUGUACAGUUGUCACCAGUAAAAUUAUCCAGCUGCAAACCUUCUGACAUAGCCCCUAAACCCAGUGUUUCAACAAACAUACCUCAUUCACUUGUGUGUCUCGCUCAGAUUACGAGACCAACGAAUUCUAAAGUGACUGUUGCCAAAGAGAGGCUUUCAGCUGGAGUGUUAGGAGGAGGGGUAUGGUGUAAUCAGCUUUUACCUAAUAUAUUACCAAAGGGAACCUUUGUCCGUCUAGAAAUUAAAGAUAAUCAGGUUAAAACAAAAUCACCUGUGAUGUUGACUACCAAAUCUCAGGCUCCUGUAAUGGUGAAUAUGAAAACUAUGCCUUCUUUGACCAUGACUACAAAAACUACGUCUGUAGCAAAGGCUCCGAUAUCUUCAACAUCAGUCAAGAAAAGAUUGGAAAUACAGGUUCCAUCUGCUAAGAUACUACAAAAAGCAAAGCCCUCUUUUGACUUUUCUCCUCCCUCAGCUUCCAUCACACCAGCCAGUAAUACAGUCCUGUCAACAGUGGUCUCAAAGAGUAAACUUCCUCACAAGUCAGCUAUAGCACCAUCAUAUGCAAAAGCUUCCAAAGUGCCAAUAGUAUACCAAAGGAUGAUAAAGCCUAUUAAGCUGCGACAUUUAUACAAAUGCAUGUCAAGGUUGUGCUCGUACACAACAGACUUUGCGGAGAGUUUCACUAAACAUUAUUAUGAACAUGAGGAUCAGGCGGGUCAGAGGACAUCAUCAGAGAAGAGGAAGGGAAGACCACCUGCAGUAAAGUUAUCUGAUUGGCAGCAGUGUGCUUAUUGUUGUGUCAUGCACAUAUCUAUGUCAGAUCUACUAGAACACAUUCAGACAGAGCAUGGACACUGCCUGUACCAGUGUGCAUAUUGUUUCUAUCGGGCCAUAUCAAAGUCCUAUAUCGUCCUUCAUCAGAACACAAGCCAUACCAGUGAGCACGUAGCUGUUCUCAUGUGCAAAAAAAUUAGAAAUCUUCCCAACCCAGUGAAUCUGGCAAAACCUCGAUCCUCUGUAGUUGUGCCAUACAUCUGUGAACAAGGCAACUGUGGUGCUGUAUUCUACAUUUCAGAUCAUUUUUUGUACCAUUUGGAGAAGGAACAUUCUCAGCUUGCCAUCUAUUCAUGUCACAUAUGCGAGAGUAAAAGUUUCAAGUCUGAUCGUCUCCUAGCUCAUUACAAAUUGCAUUCAUGUUGUUUCUAUCAGUGCUUAUAUUGUCUUCAUGGCACUGACACCAAAGAAGAAAUGCAUCACCAUUUAUGUAAUUUCCAUUCAAAUCAGUUGGCUAAGGUGAUAAUUCGAUCUUCAAGCAUUAGUAAGCUUAUUGCAUUACGUGGAAAGCAGAAUAAUGAGGACUUGCUUAAUGCUUUAGAUCUUGUUGACCUGGAUGAAGGCUUAUCAGAUGAUGGUUUAUUAAUAUUACCACCACCAGAUAUGGAACUUACUUCUGAAGAUCCUUCUCUGUCUUCGAAUGUUAAAUGUUCUGAACUAGAUGAACAUUAUAUAAAUGAAAACUUAAAUGUAAAUACCGGGAUGACCCCCAAGGAAACAUCUUUGGAUAAUGGAGCUAUGAAUGCAGUGUCAGCCAUUUCUUCCGUACUGCACAGUCCCCCUACUGAAUUGCUUCUAACCGAGUUGAGCAGGAAGGGAAGUAACAAACUCGAUAGUGCAAGUAUGGUGAAAACUUCUAAGUGUGGUGGUAAUGAUGCUAAGUCACAAAAUUCCAAUCCUUCUACAAAGAAGAGUGAUGAGAAAACUGAUGAUGAUGUUGUUGUUAUUGAUGAUGAUGAGGGAAAUGAUGACAUAUCACAUACCCAGCCAAUAUCUCAACAAAAUUCUUGUUUUCUGGGUUCUAAUACAAUCUCAGAAAUUGUGUGUUUGCAGUCCAAUGGAACACAUCCUUCUCAGUCAGAUUCUGAUAUUGAGUGCUUGGAAGAACAUGGUAAAUCACAGGAAGGUAAAAAAUUGAAUGACACCCAAGAUUCUGAUGUAGUAGUUCUGGACACACCUACUGAAACUGUGGGUCAGGUUACAGAUGCAGUGGGCAAGCAUUCGGCCACACAGGAAAAUACACAUUUGUUCCUCCAUGAACCUCUGGUGACUGUAAAACAUCGUAAUCCCAAAACAACAGCUGCUAUUGAAGCAGCUGUUGACCCGUUGAGCUUUGAAUUGCCUCAGAACGCUCUAAUCACACAAAACAAAGAUGAAUCCCCAAGUAUAACUUCUUCACUGCAAAAUAUAUCCAGCAUUUCAGUUCCUGCAGAGAAUCCUGGUUUAGAUUCUAAGAAUGCAAACAGCGUGUUCAGCACUGUAGAGGCUAAUCAGAAUGAGUCAGGUGUUGUAGGAGUGGAACACAUUGAGGACGCGGGAUUGUCUGGUUCCAUGUUAUACCAGUGUGGUUACGUUACAUGCACUUUCUCAGCUGAAAAUUCAUCACUGUUGAAAGAUCACUUAUUGGUUUGUGAUCUAGCAAGAGCUUCAUCUAGCUUGACAUGUGUCCAUUGCAAGAAACCGUUCAAAUAUGUGAGUUCUUUGCUUGAACACUUACGUACACAUGGUACCAGGCGCAUUGGUUGUGCACUGUGUUCUUUCCGGGCACCUGUACCACAUCAAGUGGUCAAACAUCUGAAGCAAAGGCACCGUGUUGGCAGUACCAGAGUUGUCCCUCUUGACCCUCUGAGAACAGACCCAGAAACAGCAGUGUUUGUAGUGUUCCCAAAGGAGAAAGGUAAAGGUGGACGCAGUGGUAAAGGUAGUGGAAAGGAUACACAUGAUGUGCGCAACAAGUUGGUAUUCCUACCAGAAGAAUUAGAGUUACUUCCACGUCAGGCAAUUUAUACACGACCUGUGCGUUGUGCCACAUGUUCAUAUACUACCAAAGUUCGCAGCAAUAUGGCACGUCACCUGCAUCUUCACCUGACAAGCAGUACUGUCCCAGAUGUGGUGCCACCUAACACUGCACCAGUGAACCCUGUGCCAUGUCUUGAGAAGAAGGAAAUGAUGUUUGAUAAAAUGACGAAUCUGGCUGCUAGUUCUCAUAUAGCUGCUGGUUCUAAAGUGUCAGAGACACCAUCAGGGAGCCUAACACUAACAGAGGAACUACAAGCAAAAUUACCUAGGUUUGUGCCUGAACACCAACGAUAUGUGUGUGGGGCUCCAGGAUGCAACUACCUUACUUGCGAUGAGACCAUGUUACGUUACCAUCUACGAGCACUCCACUUUGAUGAGACGGCAUAUCGGUGUCCUCACUGUCCUGAGUCAGCCCUGCAGGAGAAUGCGGCUCAAAUAGUGUCCAUUGAGCGCAUGGGCGCUCACUUGAAGAUGCAUGACAGUCGUCUUUACAAGUGUCUUCACUGCAUGUACUACCACUUCCAACGUUAUGUAGUGGAGAGACAUCUUGCUGACAAACAUCCAGAAAAACGACCAUUUGUUCACAUAGUUAGAGAACCAGAGAUGGAGUCAAGCAGUGGCAAGACUGAAACAGUUGCCAGCACAUCACUUGAAGGAGGAGGAAGUUCAAGUGAUGCUGGAACUGUGAAGAAUCCUUGGCAUUGUGGCCUCUGUAAAUUCCACUGCUCAACACGAUCUGAAGUGCUGGAACAUACUUGGAACUUUCAUGGGCUGAAGAGUCAGUUUAAAUGUGGGCUCUGUAGUUAUCGGUCAUCCUCUAAGUGCAGUUUUGACAAUCACUUUGCAUCCAAGCAUCCAGCUGUAGGAAAUGUGGAGCUCAUCCAUGUAUAUCGCAAGGUGGAUGGUCCUCAAACACCCCAGUCACCAGCAGCAAAGAGUGGAUUAUCACUGGACACAGGUUUAUUUGACACAACACCUCUGUGGCGUAGAGACAUGCAACGUGUAAGGCAUAUCCGUGGUAUAUUGCUGGAAGAAGAAGGUGACGUUCCCAAACCUGACAUUGUCCGCAGGACAAGUGUUGAAGUUGGAGAGAUGGAAGAGAAAGAGGGGAAGUUUGGUCCUUAUGGAAGACCUGUAGGAGGGAACCUAUAUUUCUGUACACUCUGCAACAAAUACCGCACAAAGUUCAAAGCGGACUUCAGAGACCAUCUCUACAGGGAACUUAAGUAUCACAAAUGGGUGUGUACACACUGCAGCCUGAUGUCUUGCAACAGAAGUUCCCUGCAGAAACACUCUUCCAAGGUCCAUGAGAGAGACAGAAAACCUGAAGCCAUUGCUCCUCUUACACCAAAUAAAGAAAUUGAGGAAUGGGUUGAGAAAGUGAUAAGCACUCAGUUUGGAUUGAUGAGAGCAGAUCAACAGGCAGCAUUAGCUGAAGCAUCAAAUUCUUCUUGUAAAACAUUUAAUCCUAUUCCUGAAAAUGUGCCCCAGCCAGGUCCUAGCGGGUUGUCUGGUAGAGCUAGCAAAACAGAGCACAGCAUAACAGGUUCAGAUGUAAAGUUUUCCCUUGUGGAAAAAGAAGACAUAAAUUCCAUUGGCAGCACAAGUAGUGACAGUGACAUUGGCACUUCAAAGAAGAAAGUGCCUGGGCUACGAGAUGCAGCAGACAGUAUAAAGGUGCCCAAUAAGACUGCCACUUCACUCAUCCCAGUGGACAGUAAUGCAUGUGACAGUGACAGUUCUCCAUACAUCAGAAUGAAAGCAACUAAAGAUGAUCUGAAAUUGUUGAGGUUCCCAUGCAAACAUUGUAACAUGAAGUUUGCUUUGAUCCGUGGUCUGAAGCUGCACAUUCGUCAUAGUCACCUCAAGCUGUCAAUUUGGACAUGUGGACACUGUGGGUAUGUUGCAAAUUCAGAGGAGAGCGUGCUUAAUCACAACAAGGUCGAUCAUCCUGACCUGCCUCCAAGAUCUUCACCACAUACAAAAGGCUCUUGUGUCAAGUUGGAUGAUGAAUUCUGGCAGCGGGAAUAUGGUUUGGGGCCGGGUUCAGAAUCAAAGUAUCUUAACAUGCCUUUCACAGCUGCAUCUUCUUCGGCUAGUUCUUCCCUGUUAGGUAGUCCUCUAAAGAAGCGACAGAGAAUUGCCAAUUCACCUGAUGAAUCAGAAGGUAGUUCUUCAUCUUCAUUGCCAUCUGCUGACCAAAGUUUUAAUACGUGUUUGUAUUGUGAUUAUUGUUGUCGUAGUGCAAGUGACUUAAAAUACCAUAUGAUGCGCCAUUGGGUGCAGAAACCUUUCAAAUGUGGUUACUGUGAUUUUGAAGGGGUCAGAGAGUAUGAAAUAAAGAAACAUUCAGCUAAAAUUCAUCCAUUAAAAAAGUUGCGUGUUAUAGAAAAACCUAUUCCAAGUCAACCAGAUAUUCGUCCAUUGCAACGUAACAGACGUUCUAAACCUGACAUUUCUGAACCUAGUGAUGAUUCAGAGGAUAUCGAUGUUGUAUCUACAGUAAAUAAAGUUGAAGAAGAACAGCAGAACACCACUCCACUUCCAAAUAUCUUCUGCUGUUUCUAUUGCCCUCAGCGUGGAACAUCAGUAGUGAGUAUACAUCAGCAUUGGCAAGAAAAGCAUAAGAAUAAGCUGAUAGGUCCAAGUGGGCUGAUCAGGCAAGGUCUGCCAUUCAAGUACAAAGAGGUCAACAUGAAGCAGUUCCUAAAGGGUCAAAAUGGGGCUGCAGGUAGGAGACCGGCUCUCCAGUGUUCAUACUGCAAAGUACGAGGAACAUUAGCUAUGUUACAGGCACACCAAAAGUCUGUACAUCCAGAGAAACCAUUCCAAGUUAAUCAAGCCACUUUCACACGUUACGAAUGUGCUGAGUGUCACUUUUCUGUGUUCACAGUGAACACAUUAAAAAAACAUUUUGAUAUGGAUCAUGCAGGAAAGGAUUUAAGAUAUCUCGUUAGAUCCUCAAAGGCAAAUUUCACAUCAGAUUUAAAAGGCAAGGAUUUACUUGUUGCAAACAUAUCUUCAGCUAGUUCAAUUUUGCCUACUCCUGCACCUGUGGUCACAGCUAAAUACAUGUGUUUGUGGUGUAAAGAGACUUGUGACUCUGAAGAUAUAAUCCAAGUUCAUCAUGCCAUGUGCCAUUCACAUCUGCAGCUCAGGUACAGUGUAGAGAAAAGUAGCACUCCCACUGUGACUGCCAAGAAAUACAGUUGUCUCAUUUGCACAUUUACCUCUGACAAUAGCCAAAGCAUGUCUGAACAUGUUCAGCAACAUGCGAGACCUUACAAGUAUGCUUUCUCUUCUAAAACAUUGGAGUCCAGUCAGGUUUGUAAUGAAGAUGAUGUCCAUCUGGAGAAAAAGUGUAAAGUUGUCCAUGUUGAAGAUGCAGAAAAAGAAUUAGAAAAGUUGAGGUCUGAUAUUGGUGUUCGUGUAGGAGGGGAGUGUGGAAUGAAGCGUGAGUCUGAAGCUUGUGAUGCUUCGUCCAGUCCCAAAAGACUUUGUGUUGCCCGUAAAUCCACAACAUUGUUUCCUCGUGUUGGAAAAUUUCAUGCAGUAGCUCGUAAAUCAACCAAUCCCCUGCUUUCACAGACAACCAAGAUGGCAGUGUUAUCCUCAUGUUGUGAUGUGGAACAAGAGGACACAAGCACUCCCAGCAGCCGAUGUGAGUCGCCUCUUAUCAGUUCUGAGUUUUCAUAUUAUGGAUGUCGCCCAGCCCCUGUUGAUACAAACCGUAUCACAGCAUCUGUAAAGCUACGAAACAAUCUUGGUGUAAACAUGAAUGUGAGUUUGGCAACUAUGGAACGAUUUACCAAUAUGUAUCCAGUUGUUAAAGUGAAAGAUUUAAAAUAUGAGAAAUGGGGUUUUCUUUGACAUUUUGGAGAUGAAAAAUGUGCUAGUAGCUUGUGGAUGAGUUGGCUUGAUCAUAAUUACUUCAUGUAAUUUUGUUUUCCAACGUAUUCCAGUACACCAGUAAUAUAAAUGUUAUUUUUGUAUUGAAUGUAAAGCUGGUAGAAAUAAGAUUAGCUCACUAUUAAGAGCAGAGACAAAUAUGCUUUUAAUUCAUGGAUAAAUGUAGUUAGUACCAGUAUUUUAAAUUAUUAAAUUAAUGUGUGAUUUCUGUUCUUACAUGCACAGACACAUUAUAAGCUUUUGUUUUGUUAAAUGUUGAUGCAUAUAACAUUGUCACAUUUCUUUCACUGCCAUUCCUAAUUAUUUCUCAGUUACACAAUAGCAAUUUGGGAUGCUGCGUGUUCCAAGUGAUGAAAGACUGAACUAGUGUGAAAGUUAAAUUUAUUUCUGACAAUGGUAAAUGUUUUCUUUUUCCAGAUAUAUUAUAAGUGUUUCUGUAAAUAAGGUUGUAGAGUUAAUAAACACGUUUGAAAUUUUGUAAA